UAAGUAGACUCGCUCGGCGUUAUAACGCGAUCCUACACAAUCACUUCUGCCUCAUCAACUACCAGACAUGCGUCCUCCCGUGCUGUUUCUCUUGUUUUGCCUCGGCCUUGCGGUCGCCCAACACAAUCAACCGUAUCAUGCGACUACCCCAGUACCUAUCUUGAAACAAAUCAACAAACACAACGAGGACGGUAGCUACAGUUACGGUUUCGAGGCGGCAGAUGGUUCGUACAAGAUCGAAUCCAAGUAUCCGACCGGCGAGGUUUAUGGCAAAUACGGCUUCCUGGACGACUCCGGUAAUUUGCGCGAGAUCGAGUACGGCGCGUCCAGGCGCGGCUUCGAACCGGUUGGUCCUGGGAUAAACGUGCCCCCGCCGACCUUGACCGGCAACAGCAUCUCCGGCGUCGGGAACGAGCCUGAGGAUGACGGACAGUACCGCGAAGACCCGUCCAUCUAUCACACCGAUCCGCGAUACACCAACGGAGAACGUUACGAGAAUGCGCCUAAACACAGGCAGCCACCGAUCGUCUACAAUCAGCAGAUCGCGUCAGCUCCGAUUCCGAAGCCUUACAAUCAACAGAGGUAUAAAGCGCCUGUCAAUUAUCAGCCGGCGACGAUAAAUCCGGCGCGAUUCCAGCCGCAAUAUCGACCACAGUAUCGAUCCCAGUAUCAACCGCAGUAUCAAGGUCAGCAGUUACAACCCGCGUAUCCUUCACCUGCGAUUCCAGCCAGUCCCCAAGGACACUCCGCGACUAAUGUCGACGUUCAGGCCGGUUUAGCGUCUUACACAGUUAAUUACAAACGAUAAGAAGGAAAAAGUAAGAGAAAGAGAGAAUCGUGUUGUGUGUACAUACGUCAUUAUUUAUCGAUAUUUUGUUAGUAAUUAGUUAGUGUAAAGGUUCAUUUAAUUAUUACAUAUAUGUAAUUAAUUAAUAUUAUCGUCCGAAUUUCGGUGACAAACUAAUUUUUCAUGUUAAUUUAGCGAUAGACGAUAGCGAUAAUGGCACAGUUGCAUUAGUAGAUAUUUAUGAUAGUUUAAUUGUAUUUUGGGUUGUACUUAUCUUUCAUCCUAGCGAGAGUUUCGAAUGAGACAAUAUUUUCUACCUCUAUUUUUUUGACGUUUCCUCUACCUCUUUUACUUCAAGAGUUUCCAUCACUCUUAAUUGAAAAAAUUAUAACUCUUUUACACAUAAUCUACUUAUUUUUUAUUUCAACUUGUACAUGUCUAUUUUUUCUUUCUUUCAUUUGCAAUGACACAUCAGCACGAAAUUGAUUUAUGCAUUUGCAUUUGUAGUUAUGUACUAAAAGCCUUCUAGCAUUUUUUCACAUAAGUUGUAUUUGAUAACUUGAGAUUCGUCAACAGAUCGAUAUUGCAAUUUAUAUUUUUAAACAUGUCAUGUAUGACACGCGAAUACAUAUAUCAUGCAAUGCAAUAUUAAGCGAGGCAAACCAGUAAAUAAGAUGCAGUGCAAUCUAUAAGAUCAAUAACGGAUUUGACGAUUCGAAGAACACGUCAUUGAACGGUUUUUGGACGGCCUUGUAAUGAAAUUGAGCAAUAUAUAUAUAACCGAAUAAUCUUUAAUCGCAACGUAAGUACUUGGCAAUAAAUUCCAGUUGCAUAUGCCAGGUGCAUACAGCGUCAUGAUCGAACUUCCUAGAGAUUAUCCUAUUUAAUACAGUUGAAAAUGCAGUUAACAUUUUUUCCCCCGCAUACAAGGAACGCCGUCGGGCUAUACUUGACACACCCAAGAAUUUUAUCGUUGUGUAACACUUAAAGACACCCGUACGAGCUACCUUCGCAAUUGGUUUUUCCAGAAUGUGCGCUUAAUAAAAAUUUGCAUUGUGACGAAUCGAAUCAUCAACAGAUACUAUAAUCUUUUUUUAUCAGUA